AUGGUGGUCGCUUCGGGCAAAGGCAAUGUCUCCGUCGUCGUCCCGACACCCACCGUUGACAUCGAGAACUACCGCCCGUUCGAAGCAGCGGUCAAUCACACAAUCAACCGAAUCCUUUCCGACAAGUCGAUUAUGGAAGAGUUCAAGGAAAAGGACUGGCCUGUCUACACAGGUUCAGAGUCCCAUGACCUUUCGCCAAUCAUUCUCUCCUCCCCAAGCACGAGUCUCGCCCAGCAUUCACCUUCCGCACGAGCUAGCCCUCUCGACGUGAAUAAAACUCGACUUCGCAAACGACCGACUGCGAGCCGGCACAUCACAAGAGUUUACAUGCCCGCCGAGAGCCAUAAUGAGAAGCAUGUUUCCCCUGCCACUGCUGUGACAGCCUCCUCUCGCAGCGAGUCGAGUGAUGGCCAAGAGAACCAGGAUCGCGCGAGACACCCCAAAGUACCGAAAACGAAGAAUAAGCGGCGACCUUUGUACGACCAUGCGGAACCAAGCAACCAGCAAGACAGUGAUCUGCAGGAGGAAGACGCCCUAUUCUCUUCAUUGGAAGUAUUAAAGCGACACGACUUGAUCAAAUACAUCGGGACACACCCACUCUUGAAAUCCUCGUAUCCUUUGAAGCGAUCUGCCUGGCGAAGAUACGUGAAUGAUGUACGCACUACGGCUACUUCGUUCGGACUUUCCAAGUCGCUUACAAACCGUUUGGUUCGCUAUGUGCACAAGAAUUACUUCUCAACGCCGGUUGGCCGUGAUGCCGGCCCGUCAGAGCCAGAUCCUACCGUUUGCGAUGAGCAGAUGGCAAAUAGUGUAUCUAAGGCGAAAACUGAUAGACCCUCUCGCAAGAGAUCUCGGCUUAGUUCUGAACAUCCCAGGGCCAAGAGGGCCAAGACCCAGGUCGCCUCUCCUGAUAUCGGAGUUGCUCGAGACCGCGCGGUUGAGAAUUUACCAUUGCCGAGCGCAUCUGUCUCGAACUGUUCUGAAAUAUCUUCCUCACAGACCCCGGAAUUUAAAAAAGCUGUUACUUUCAAAAAGGCCGAUAUUGUCAAGGUUGCUUCUACUGUCGACGAUGCUCCGACUUUUAUCGAUCUUACUUUCGACGAUUCCUCCGCUGACGAAGCUGCUUCUACCGUUGUACAUGUUCCUCCUGUUGAAGAUGCUCCUACUUCUGCCCAUGGCCUUCCUGUCGCUGAUGCCGCUCCUGUUGACGAUGUACCCUUCGUUGACAGUGCUUCCACUCUUGAUAAGACUCUUCAAGGUGAUGUUGAUGAUACGCCUAUUGUUGAUGAUGCCUCUUUAGUUGCUGAUCCUUCUUCAGUGGCCGAUGAUCCUACACUUGAUGAUACUCCUAUUGUUGAUGUUGCCACUGCUGUUGAGGAUGUUUCAAUUGUUGACAAUGCUUCCACUCUUGAUAAGACCCUCGAAUGCGAUGAUAGGUCUUCUGUUGAUGAUAUGCCUUCUGUUGCCGAUAUUCACACAGUCGAUGAUGCCCAUAUUGAUGAUGAUGCCCCCACUGUUGGUGAUUCUGCUGCGGGCAAUGUUCAUGGUGUUGAAGAAGCUUCAAAAUCUCGGAAGAGCAAGUCUAGCGAGAAGAGGCAUGUCGCGCAGUCUGCAGUAUCGCCCCAAAACAAGACCCAUGCAUUAAGCGCUGCAGCUGGAAUUGCUCGAAAAAUACCGCCUCCGCAGCUCGAGUCCCAAAUUACGAAUGACCAACCGGUCGCGAUGUCCAAAAAGGAAAGGAGGAAACAGAACAAACGAGAGAAACGAGCAUCGCAGAUUCAACAGGCGAUUGAUGUGCCUGGAACUAGCCACAGCAUGCUGACCCAUCGGUCCUCGAAGAAGAUGAUCCGUCGCCGAAGCUUGGUUUCUUCUGCGCUGUCUACCGAUUUGAAGCGAAAAAGGGACAAGAAAAAAGAGAAGGCUCGGAAACGAAGAAAGUCCGAGCAACAGCAGACCAAUGCAAAUGUGGAUACCGACAUGGAAAGCCACGACCACCACCACACCCAUGUGGCGGAGCCUGCGGAGCCUGCGGAGGUGUCUGCAUCGCGUCCCCAUACCCCCAAGCGACAGAUUCUGCCAUCUUACGAUCAAUCACAAAUUUUGCAACCGAGCAGUGCUCACAAAUCUCCGUUUGCAGUCCUAUCGCCCGAUCCCACACAAUGGGAGAUAGGAGAGAUGGAUUUUUGA